AUGCUUGAUUCUGUAAACAGAAAACUUGUCAUUUCUAUAGAAAAAGUGGAGAAACCUUAUAGAGAACCCAAAAUUCUUGCGGAAUAUAUUGCUCUACAACUAAAGGAGAGAGUUGAAAUAAGAAAAAUAAUGAAAAAAGCUAUUGAACUGGCUGAAAAGGCAGAUGUAGAAGGUAUUAAAAUACAAAUUAAAGGGCGUCUUAACGGAAUUGAGAGAGCCCGAAAAGAAUCGGCUAUGCAAGUGCUAUGCUUAGUGUGCCCCGAAGAAGCAGGAGCAGCAGUAGCCGCCGAAUCUUCCACUGGUACGUGGACGACUGUUUGGACCGAUGGACUUACCAGUCUUGAUCGUUACAAGGGGCGAUGCUAUGAUAUUGAACCCGUUCCUGGAGAAGAAAGUCAAUUUAUUGCCUAUGUGGCUUACCCUUUAGAUCUUUUUGAAGAAGGUUCUGUUACUAACCUAUUUACGAAUUCCUCCUAUGUAACACGAUGGGAUUAUUUGGCUACUAUGUUCACAGAGGCGAUAACGGUUAAUGCGCCAGAAAAAUUGGAAAAUAUUCAAAUACCUAAAAGGGCUAGCUAUAUUAGAAUGAUUAUGCUAGAGUUAAGUCGUAUAGCUUCUCAUUUGUUAUGGCUUGGACCUUUCAUGGCUGAUAUUGGUGCGCAGACUCCUUUCUUUUAUAUUUUAAGAGAGAGGGAAAUGAUAUAUGAUUUAUUUGAAGCUGCCACGGGCAUGCGAAUGAUGCAUAAUUAUUUCCGCAUUAGAGGAGUAGCUGUAGAUUUACCCUACGGUUGGAUAGAUAAAUGCUUAGAUUUUUGCUAUUAUUUCUUCCCAAAAGUGACAGAAUAUGAAAGGCUUAUUACACGCAAUCCUAUCUUUUUGAAACGAGUUGAGGGAGUAGGCACUAUUAGUAGAGAAGAAGCAAUAGAUUGGAGUUUAUCAGGACCCAUGCUACGAGCUUCCGGAAUCCAAUGGGAUCUUCGUAAAGUGGAUCAUUAUGAAUGCUACGAUGAAUUGGAUUGGGAAAUCCAAUGGCAAAAAGGAGGAGAUUCGUUAGCUCGUUAUUUGCUUCGAAUCGGGGAUAUGAAAGAAUCUAUAAAAAUAAUCAGACAAGCCCUAAAAUCUUUACUAUGUUCAGUAGCUUUUCAAUGGCUUCUCUUGCAUUCCCAGGAAUGA